UUCUUCCUCCCCGUCCCGUCGCUUGGCUGCUGCAGAAGUCGCCGUCUCCCCACCGUCUCUUGCUCCCUCCGCGGCUUUGACGUCGCCUCGCUCGCAAUGAACUCCCUCCUGAGGCCGCCGCUGCCGGGGCUGACGCCGAUCCUGAGCGCGAGGCGCAGGGUCUCGCCGCCGCAAGCAGCGCCGGUGCGGGUCGGCUCGGCGGAGCUGGCCGGCGGCGGCGGGCGCAGAUGCCGGCGAGGGCUGGCAGUGGUGGCGUCGGCGGCUCCGUCGUGGAUGGAGGAGGCUGGGGUGGACGUGCUGGAGGAGGGCGGGCGUUGGAACCCGUCGGUGUCGGACUCGUACCGCCCGACGGGGCUGCCGCGGCCCAACGCCACGGUGCUGGAGGCGCAGGCGCGGGUGUGCACGGGCCCCGCACAGACGCGCCCGCUCGGGGAGGAGCAAGCCAUGCGCGUCCUCGACACUAUCCUCCGCUCCGCGAUGGGAGAACUCAAAGAGGAGCCAGUCUCUAGUGCACAGUUAGGUGCAUUUUUUGCAGGCAUGACAAUCAGAGCUAACUCAUUUCCAGAGGCCACACAGUGGAGCGAGGGAGAGCGACGUGCCAUGAGCAUAUUUUGGCCACGCCUUGUACAAGUUCUUCCUCCUGAGGUGAAGUUUAUAGCAGAUCCUGAAGGGACGAUCAUGGGUGCAAAUGGUUUAACAGGGCCUCGGUAUGUUGGCCAAGGAACUGGGGAGAUGAGACUCGUUGGUGCUCUGAGGGAAGUGCUUGCUGGUGGCCAUUUAGGUUAUGAGGAGGUUCAAUGUGUACUAAAGGAUAUUCUACCAAUUGGAUCAAGUUCAGAUUUGACGGAGGUUAGUGAAGCACUGCUAGCGGCAUUUUUGAUUGGACAGCGGAUGAAUAGAGAAACUGAUCGUGAGCUCAAAGCGUAUUGCCUAGCCUUUGAUGAUGAACUAGGUCCUCCUCCGGUUGCUGACAUCAAGUCCUUGACACACUAUGGUGAACCAUAUGAUGGAAAUACACGAUUUUUUAGGAAUACUCUAUUUGUUGCAGCGGUUCGAUCCUGCUAUGGUGAAUCGUGCCUCCUCCAUGGUGUUGAAUGGAUGCCACCCAAGGGUGGAAUAACAGAAGGACAAAUGCUUAAAUUCAUGGGCGCAAACAUACACUUAUCUCCAACACAAGCCAAGAUACUGUUGGAGGAUGAGACUACUGGUUUUGCAUAUUUGAAUCUUCAAGAAGCUUGUCCCCCAUUAUAUUCGAUUAUUGGGCUCAGGGAGCAUAUUAAGAAACGGCCACCAUUGGCUACCUCUGAGAAAGUUCAACAAUUUGUGAGGGCACGGGGGAGAGAAUCAAUGAUUGCAGGAUUUUAUCAUGAAGGCUAUGAAGAUCCCUUGCUUAUGCUGAUGAGAAGAAGAACUGUUCAUGCUGGACUAGUUGUAAAGGGUGAAGAAGGUGCGCUUUCAAUGACAACCAAGGAAAGAUCAGCUCAUGCAUCAAAAGGACUUCCUGUUAACCACUGUUCAGGGUUUCGGACACCAAACAACAUAGAUUCCUCUGAGACUGAUGGUAUUUCUAGAGAAAGCUUCAGGGUCAUUGUGAAUGCCCAGGAACUUGGUUUUGAAUCCACCGAAACUCCAAGAACUGAUAGAUCAAUUCUAAAGAACUUGGAGCUCGGUCUGGCAGCACUAGGCGGCGAGAAAGGAGCAGCCUAUGACCGAAUAGUUCUUAAUGCAGCUAUGGCUGACCACUUGCUAGGCUGCAGCGGAGCCGAGGAUAUCAACACUGCACUUGACCGGGCGAGAGAAGCCAUUGAUAGCGGUGAAGCUCUGAGAAGGCUCAUGAGUUACAUAAAAAUCUCGCACACAGUGUCCUAGUGUUGAUCCGUGACCAAGUACUGAUUGUACAAUUUUGGCUUGAGUCACGGCCGGAUACCUUCUUCCCCGAAUCUGAUUGCCUUCAGCCCUUCCCCACUCAAUGUUACUACAAGCUAGCAUGAAAUAUUCCUUCACCAUCAAGGGCCUGUCAGAAAAAGAAAGAAAAAGAACAGGUGAAAUGAAACAGUGCCUUGUUGAAAAUGGUAGUGACACGGAAUGCUUUGUUAAGAUUUUUGUUUUACCAUGAGAAAAGUUGAUGUUGUGUAACACGUGCAGAUUGUCCUCCUGAGAUGUAUACGAAUCAGAUAAUAGUGGCAUUGUGAAUACUCUACAUAACCUCAUCAAGGCUGAAACCAUAUCAGAUUUUGUUUAUAACAAUCUAUAUGUACCCUUCUUUCUGUA